AUGUCUCACGACGAAGCCCAGAGCCCUCCGACAGGACGGUCAUCACACGAUCCCGCAGAAUAUGGGCUUUUCUCCCAUCGCUCCUCUCCCACAGUUAAAUCCACCGCAUCGCCAGCGAACAAUUCUCACCAAGACAAACAAAGCACAUUGGCUUCUGCGGUGACAGCCAUGGAACUACAUGACCCUCGGGGUCUUACUCCGUUGCAGAGGUGGGCUGCAGGUGCGUCCGACUCUCAAUUCAACGCAUUGUCGGGAGCCGUAGGUGGCUUCACAUCCGGCGUCGUCACAUGUCCUCUCGAUGUCAUCAAAACGAAAUUACAGGCCCAAGGUGGAUUUACGGCUAUAGAUAAAGGAAGAUAUGUUGGCCAUCACAAAGUAUACUCAGGCCUGGUAGGCACGGCAAGAAUCAUAUGGAAGGAAGAAGGAUUGCGUGGCAUGUAUAGAGGUUUAGGACCUAUCAUUCUUGGCUAUCUGCCAACCUGGGCUGUCUGGUUCACUGUUUACAACAAGAGCAAGGUCUUUAUGGCCGAGAAGAAACUGCAGAAGAACCAAUUCUUUAUCAACUUCUGGUCUUCGAUCGUGGCCGGAGCUAGCAGCACAAUAGUAACGAAUCCAAUAUGGGUAAUCAAGACACGGCUCAUGUCACAGUCGGCAACAGGGUAUAACAGACAAAUGUCAAUGUUCCCACGAUCGAGCAAUACUCCAACCUCCAGACCAACUAUUGAUUCGCCAUGGCAUUACCGCUCAACUCUAGAUGCCGCACGUAAAAUGUACUCCUCUGAGGGUAUCUUGUCCUUCUAUUCUGGACUUACUCCAGCCCUUCUAGGUUUAACUCAUGUUGCUGUACAAUUUCCAGCAUACGAAUUUCUGAGGAUGAAGUUCACCGGCCAAGCCAUGGGUGAGAUGACUGGCGAUGCCAAGGAAAAUCAUUGGCUCGGCGUGCUCUCCGCUUCGAUAAUGUCGAAGAUCAUGGCCAGUUCGGCCACAUACCCUCACGAAGUAAUCCGAACAAGAUUGCAAACACAACGGCGACCGACUCCCGGAAGUGAGUAUCUGCAAGGACUAGGUGUUUCCGAGUCCACACCAGGAAGUCAGAGCCAUGUUCCAAACAGCGAGCGGAACAUCAGCCUUCAACCUAAAUAUCGAGGUGUCGUUAUGACAUUCCGGACUAUUCUACGAGAGGAAGGCUGGAGAGCAUUUUAUGCCGGUAUGGGUGUGAAUAUGAUGCGAGCUGUACCAGCCGCAACGGUAACGAUGAUGACAUACGAACUUGUUAUGAAAAAUCUACACCGAGCACAGUCCGAUGGUCGACAGAAGAGAAAUAUAGAUGAGACGGCGAUACACGAACCAUAA